AUGGCCGGGAACACGUUUCCCGACCCUUUUAUUGUCCCGCCAACUUCUGAACAUACGCACACCGCCAUCCUCCUUCACGGCCUUGGGAGCAACGGCGAGACAUUCGGAAGGGAGCUCUUGCGCUCGGGAACCACGUCCAACGGUCGGAGCCUCGCCGACUCGUUUCCCGGCAUGAAGUUCAUCUUUCCCACCGCCCGGAGACGGCGAUCGUCGGCAUUCAAGCGGGCGACCAUCAACCAGUGGUUCGACGUGGCGUCUCUGGACGAUCCCUCCAAGCGCCGAGAUUUACAGAUUGACGGUCUGACCGAGUCCUCGAAUCAUGUCUGGUCAAUCUUGAAACGGGAAGCGGACGCGAUCCUUCCCCACCACGUCGUUCUAGGGGGAUUGAGCCAAGGCUGUGCCAUGGCGGUGUUUGUGUUGCUAAGCUUAGAUUUUCCCAUCGGGGGCUUCGUCGGCCUUAGCGGUUGGCUUCCGUUCCGUUACGACAUUAUGGAGCUAAUCGGCUCCGGAGCUGCGGAUCCCGUGUUUAGCGAGGACAGCGACGAUAGUGGCAAGGGCGAAAGCCCGGCGCCGAUUCAGGCCGUCAACCUCGUGAGGGACAUCUUGUCCAAAGACGACAUCGACACCGAGAACCUAAAUCACGCUCGCGAAAACCUCGGCCUCGCGACCCCGGUGUUUCUCGGGCACGGGGCGGAAGAUCCGAAGAUAAAAUGCAGCCUAGGGAAGGAAGCCGCCGAUACUCUCCAGAUGUUGGGGAUGGAUGUUACGUGGCGUUGUUAUCCGGAGCUUGGCCACUGGUAUAAGAUCCCGGAAGAGAUCGAUGACAUUGUGGAAUAUCUCACGGGGAAACUGACUAUACAAUGA